GUUAGGGCGUGCAGAGGCGCCGAGCGUGUGCCCUGUGCGCGUGCCGCCUUUUUUUUUCCAGUGGCAGGGGAGGGCAGGGCGUUCAGGGCGUUCAUUGCACGCUCACCGCGGAACAUUCAUUACCUACCUGCUCACUACCACGCAUCCAGUCUGUCCACCUUAUUCCUCUCGCUCGCUCUGGCCCUGGUUGAAGCUGUGCUGUUUGUUUUCCCGUGUUCUGUAUUGGGCGUCUUCUCUCGGGGUUUUGGGCCAUUGGCAUUAGGGUUUUUCUGUGCCUCGAUGUUUCUCUAAUACCAGCCCGUUUGUAGUUCGCGUCGUGCUUGUUCGCCCUGCCACGCCUACGCCCUCGGUCUCGCGUGUGUGCUCACCCCCAGCCCAGGUAUGGAGCCCCUCCCAGCUACCAACAUCAUCUCAGCAUUCGACCACCCAAUCUACAACCACCGGCGACCUUUGCUGUUUGGUGCCUAUUCGACUCCCCGAUGAUUAACAUUGAGCCAUAGUUGACAAUUAAGACCGAGAGCUUGCUGUCGCCUUGGUUCUAGCCGACAGAAACGUCAUACACUACUCACGUCCACAUUGGCCCUGACACAGCCUCCCACGAUUCUACGACUCAAACCCGCAUCCUUCACUCCCAUUGAGCAUGGUCAUAAGUUUAUUAUAUGGCAGCUAUAUCCCUAUCACCCACUCCCAUCGACCUUUCAGUUAUGUCGGGUAGAAGGGUUCCUCUUGCCUCCAACCAGAAUGUAGCCAAUUCGCCUCUUCGAAGCACUGCUUUCAAGCAGAAGCGUACCUUGACUCAGCUGCAGAGGGAAGAAGCAUACGGUCAGCAACCUCCUGCAAAAAAGCUUGUGCUUGAUGCUGGUGGCACCCAACGCGUGGUGAAGUCGCCAUCCCAACAACUACGCGUCACUAAGAGCCAAAUUCCUGUCCAAUCCCGUCGUCCAACGAGUACGAGUGCCAACAAUGCAUGUGAUGCGAGGUCGGCGAGGGAGAGGACUGUUUCUCGCCAACAACAAGAGGCAGCCCUUGUGACGGAAUAUACUGAAAAAGAUAUUGAAGAAAUUCAGAAUUGGAAGAACCAUCACCGCGCUAGAUUUCCAAAAUCACUUUUUUACUUUGAUCAGAUUCCCAGCGAUAUAGCUCACAAGCUGAAAAGGCAGAUAGCUGCACUCGGAGGUCGCGAGACUGCAUUCUUCUCGGUCGAUGUCACCCAUGUCAUUACAAGCAGAGCGAUUCCUGCCGAAGACGCCGUUGGUCGUGACAAUGGUGGUAAUAUGGCUGCCGAAAAAGAAGUCCCACAACCCGAACAAGAGCAAGCCGAGACUAUUAAUCCCUCCUUGCUUACACGGGUGUCGAAUCCUGCUACCAAGAGGAAACUCUUUGACGCCGAUUUGCGUGCCCGUGCUCAUAGAGUACCACCUCAACCCACUGACCAGGGCUUGAGGAUACCAAAAAAGGCUGUGGAUAUUUUGAUACGGGCUAGAGAAAUGAAGAAAAAGAUCUGGACAGCAGACAAGCUGUUUCGAAUGACAGCAUUACUUCUGGAAACAGACCCGUACCGUAGUGCUGAUAUGGCUUAUGGAAGGCGAAAGAACACCCUAAGCGUACCGGUUGAAUCUCGAGCGGGUGAGGAUCGCAAUCUUUUGCAGCUUUUGCAGAAGGAGCGCAUGAACGGACCAUCUGAUCGUGAUCCUACUGUCCUCGCUCGUGAGCUUCUCUACUUCAAGGGCCCAUACAUCUAUGUUUACGAUGUCGAAGAGAAGCAGAAGCCUAUAAUGGUGAAGGAAUACCCAAAGGCAGCAGAUCGAUCCAAGGGUAAAUGGCCGCAGUUCCAGACUGCUGGGCUAGGGCGUUGCCCCUUUAUCGAGGAUUCGGAGGUGAGGGAAGCGAGAGAAGCAAGAGAAGCAAAGGAGGCUAGGGAAGUGCAACGGAAGAUACGGGUUAGAACCGCAAGUCAAGAACCUGUAGGUGAGACCAAACCUAUUCUUCAACCACCUAGGAUGGCCCCUCCUAGGCAGAUCACUAGAAAACGAACGCUGGGCGAGAUGGAGAUGGGGCAUAAUCGUCAAUCCAGCGUAACCUCGGCUGAGUUUCCGAAUCUCUCGCGCAGCUUUGGCGCAGAGAAUAUAGACUUCUCUCGCAAGGCGUUCACUAGUCACGCUGCAACUGGGCGUCUACACGGCGGCGAGCCAGUCGCGUCUGGGGUGCAGCCGUCCAAUGUAACAUCGGCGAUUAGGUCCCAAAUGAUCUCAUCUACUGCUACUACGCCUGGCGUUAUUACUGGUCUGAGCAAGGAAGUUCAUGGGCUUCAACGCCAAGUCCUCAAAUGGAACUCGCAAGAUCAUAGUUCUCGGCAGAAUAUGGAGACUAGUUUUCGCGAGGACAGUCUGACCAAACGACCACCCACUUUGGGACGAACCUCGAGUCGCAAGCUGGAGCUCAUUGACGAAGAUGCUAAGGAAACUGAGGGAACCGAUGAUUCUCGAUCGGCUAAGCGGACCGCUCUUCGAAAGAAGCCACGCGACCGUGAUCUCAAACCGGGGUACUGUGAGAACUGCGCUGAAAAGUACCCUGACUUUGACGAGCAUAUUGAAGCUCCGAAGCAUCGUAAAUUCGCCGAAAACGAAGAAAACUGGGUAGAACUGGACGACUUACUCGCGCAGCUCGAGCGUAUCCCAAGGCGACAUACUUGGAAGCCCACGGCACCGUGGAGUCACAAUGCAGAACAUGAUAUGUUUUAACAAGUGACAUUUGCGAUUUAGACUUCGCAUUCUCAAACCAGCAUUUCAAGAACUCACUAUCAACCUUCCCUCUUCAAACCACUAUGACCGAACGUCUCUAUUUUCUAUUGUCCUCGAAGCAUUCACGGAGCGAUGAUACCCAACUUAAUGCAUCACCGACUUCUCUCCUUUUUGUUCGAUCUAAUUUAUCCUCUCAAAACAGCUAAGCUGCCGGUUUUGGCCCGGAUAUAGCACAGCAUUGGAGUAUCCGAUCCUAUUUUAACUCCAACAUCACGUCCUAGCGCAUGCACCAAUGCGGACAUGUUGGCGUGACAAUGGUCUAACAUGUAUAUUUAAUUAGGGGAUUGCACUGCAUGGGAGGGCUAGUUUUGGCAAGUGUCAAUUGCUCUCACGCCGUUAUGCAAAUUCGUGGGGUUGAGCACGACACAAGUCCCUGAUUGGAAUGUUUUAACAACCAGGAAACAUCACAGUAUGAUGAACCAAGCGACUAUAGGUAUAUACGUCAAAAUUACCAAGUUGCGCAUGUGUAUAAAGCGUAUAGUAUGAGUUAAAAAAUAAAUGCAAAUCACGAUUGGCAUCGCAUAGAGCUUACACCAUCACUCUGAUAGAUGAUAGCAUAUAGGGUAUCAGCUAAGUUAAGAGAGCCUAUCCACC